AUGCCUAGAUUAUUCAACCGUAGGCGUGGUCGUGGCGAACACCCAUCUGUUAUUGACAUGGGUUACACAGGAAGCAAGGACGAAUCGAAGAAAAUUCGCUCGGAGCUCUCAACCAAUACUAGCCAGCCAGCGAAUACCCCGAGCCCACAUCCUCCCGCUGCCAGUAGCCAAAUUCAACCCGAUGCUUACUCUCGCAACACAGGAAUUGGAGACAAAUAUGCACGAGGGUUCGGGGAUAUUGAUACCGAUCGCACCGAAUUAUUUGCUGGCCACCAGCCCACUCAACCACAUAAUCAAUAUAAUGAUAAUGAGCCGGUGGAUAUGAACGCUGAAGAAGAGGAGGAAGCUGUUGAAGAAAUCAAGCGAGAUGUUAGAAGUGUCAAACAGGAAUCUGUUCAAAGCACACGUAAUGCGCUAAGAAUUGCUCGGCAGGCAGAGGAGGAUGCGCAAAACACCUUGCUAAAAGUCGGAGACCAAUCCGAAAAAAUUGCCAACACUGAGCGUCAUCUUGACCUUGCUAAGGGCUCACAUAGCCGCGCGGAAGACAAGACCAGUGAGACCGAGAAAAUGAACCAGUCAAUAUUUCAUCCACGGUUCGCUUUCAACAAAGAGAAGAAAAGGCAGAAAGAAGAGCAGAGAAUUUACGAUAGGCAUGAACUUGAACGGCUGGAGCGUGAGAAGGCUGCAUUGGAUGUUCAAGACACACGCAACCGCCUUGGUAGAAUCGGCUCAUAUGAGGGAGGAGAUAAUGACAUCGAUAACUAUGGAGAUGGUCAAGGAGGUGUUGUUAGAGAUGCGCCGAGGCUUUCUCCCGAGCAGCAGCAAGCUCGCCAAACUGCGAGGGCAAAGUAUCAGUUUGAAGCCACUGCAUCCGAUGACGAGCUCGAGGAUGAACUAGAUGACAACUUGGACGAGAUACAUGAUGUUGCUAAGCGGCUUAAAGGGCUGGCUGAAGCUUCAGGCCAAGAACUUAAUCAGCAGAACCCGCGCCUUGGAAGAAUAUCGAACAAUGCCGAUAAACUGGACGCCAAAAUCGUACAAACGACAGGGCGCUUGAAGCGCAUUAAGUGA